AUGCAAUCUCCUUCCUUCAUUCCGGCAAUUGACAGUCAUCAUCGCAACAGUAAACCAGACACACACUACGGGUCGAACCAACUACUCCUUCACCCCGUGAACCCAAAGUUAAGUGCAAAAUCUCAAGAGUUCAAUACAGCCAGUUCGCCUGGAUGUUUCGUGGCUUGAUCGUUCCCGAAACUCCUUCCUUCCCGUUCCUUCCGCCUCCACCUUCCAACGCCACCUAGACGACGCUCUUUCCCCUUUCCCCCUCUCUCCAUCGCCAGAACUAGACAAACACGAGUAUCUAAGACUGCUCUCCCACAUAUUCCUUAUUCCCAGCAAGCACAUGUCAGUGGGUAGACGCCGACGCUGACCGCCUACCCUCGUGGACGAAUCAACUACUGUUGCCGCCACCACUUCCUCACAGCACCCUUGUCUUACCUCCUUCGUCGUGCGUAUACUAAUAUUGUAUGCGUACAUGUGCAUGCGUGAUGUAGUGUGAUACUGGGGCAGCGGAGCAGGACUCAGGCGCGAGCUGAACCACGUGGGAGAAGAACAUGCAGCAAGCCAUACAUCU